AUGAUCAUCGCGAUGUUUGACAACAUCUGCUACCGCGGGCACACCAUGGCUCCAAUCAAGACAUGUGUUCUCGGAGUUGGACUUGCUGGGCUGACUUUCCAUGCUCCGUUUAUUCUUGCAUUACCAGAACUCUUCACUCUGGUCGCAAUCCUUGAAAGAAACCCACACUCCGAAGGCGGAAAACUGCAUGAACGCUUUGGAGUAACUGUCAAGAUCCACAAUACCAUCGAGCAAGUUCUGCAGGAUUCUGACAUCGAACUGGUCAUCGUCGGCACGCCAAAUUCGACGCACUACAGCUAUGCAAAGGCGGCGCUUGAGGCGGGAAAGCACGUCCUCGUCGAUAAGCCGAUCGCGCCAACCGCAACAGAAGCUAGAGAGCUCGAUGUGCUUGCCAAAUCAAAGGGACUUGUUCUCUACCCGUUCCAUAACCGUCGUCACGACUCCGAUUUUCUGGCAGUGAAGAAACUGCUGACCCUUCCUCCGUCGUCGCCUCAACACAUCGGCGAGGUGGUUGAAUUUGAAACACACUUCGACCGUUUCCGUCGAGGGAUCAACAACUCGUGGAAAGCUGAACCGGCUCCGGGUAUUGGCCACACCUAUGACCUUGGGACACAUCUCAUUGACCAAUGCCUGGAUCUUUUUGGACGACCUCAGAAGUUGACCGCGUUCAUUGCCAAUAGUCGCGGGGUUGGGCAUCCAGAUGUUGAUGAUAGUUUCACUAUCUUGUUACACUAUGCCGCUGGAGGAAGACUUACUCGUCCUGUGACCGCGAUUGCAAGAGCACACUUCCUGUCUGUGCGAUCUCCUCAGCCGCGGUAUUAUAUAAUGGGGACGAAGGGCUCGUAUAUCAAAUAUGGGGUUGAUGUCCAAGAGGACCAACUCAAGGCAAUUUCCUCUCCAAAGGCCAUACAUACUGAUGACUUCGGUGUCGAGCCAGAGAACUUGUGGGGCACCCUUGAGUGUCUCGAGGCGGAUGAUGUCACGAUGAACAAGUCGUUAUGGCCUUCCGAGAAAGGUUCUUAUGUGAACCUAUUCAAGAACCUCGCCUCUGCAAUCAGGGAUGGUGCGGAACUUGAAAUCAAGUGGGAGGAAGCUGCUACCGUUAUGGAGUUAAUCGAAUUGGCUUAUCGCAGUGCGAAAGAGGGGAAAACUGUACUCGUACCGGCCGUGUAG